ACGGGCGACGCGCUCGGCAUCUUCACCGACCAGGGGCGGGUCGGCGCCAGCGAGCUGGUGCCAACCGGUGCCGCCAGUCAGUGGGAGCGGCUGCACGAGCGGGAGUUGCGGCUGGCCGUCACCCACCCGCCGGCCAACGCCUGGCAGGAGAUGAUCCUGUGGACCGAGCAGGGCAAACUGUGGCACCUGCCCGUCGACAACGAACAGGGACUGGAGGCGGAGGCGGCCGUCGGCUUCCACGAGCACGUGUUCCUGGAGCGCCACCUGGAGCCGUGGUGUCCCCAGCGCGGCCCCCUCCGCCACUUCAUGGAACUCGUGUGCGUGGCGCUCGGCAAGAACCCGUGGCUCUCGGUCGAGGAGAAGCGCGAACACAUCGUCUGGUUCAGGGACUACUUCGCUGAGAAGCAGCAGCUGCUGGCGGAGCUGAAGGCCAUGUAAGUGGGCGGAGCGAGUCUAUUUGGUGCAGCGAGUAGUGGGAGUGGCAGUGAGCGACUGGCUCUGAGUGGCGUCCCGACCGGGCGCACAAUACAGGCGACACACGUGUGCAAUCGCUCCAUGCAUUUAUGUCUCAGAACAGAACAAUCGAACCAGAGAAACGGAACAUGCAGCGUCGCGCACCGUAAGACGCAGCCGUAACACGCGCAGAGAAGCUGAACAGACUAGAAUUCAUGACCCUGCGUGACCCUGACUAGCAUGCGUGCGCUGCGGUAUGCAACAAAAACAGUCAUCUGAACAUAGCACAGGGUUUUGGGUGUUUGCGCCUUUUCGCCUAUCGUGCCCGCUUAUCCGUAUAAAAGUUAUCGUAUCAA